UUGUUCCUCAAGUUCGCCAUGUAAGAAAGCUGUCUUAACAUCAAGUUGUUCUAAUUCCAAAUCAUACAUGACAAUGAAGGCAAGCAAGACACGAAUAGAGCUAUGUUUAACAACAGGUGGGAAAAUAUCAUUAAAACAGUGUUUAAAAAAGCGCCCGCUUCCUCGCUUUAAGCGAGAAGCGAGGCGAAGCGUGAAGGGCAGCGCUUCAGCAAAGUAAAAGCGACCGCUUCUCUGUAAAAAGCGAGAAGCGGGGAAAGCGAAGCGAAGCGAAGAAGCGUCUGCUUCUCUGUUUUAAAAUACCCAACCCGUUUUAAACACUGGUCUGGACUUCUUCAACAACAGCGACUAGGGUUCAACUUCCAACAACAUCAACUUUUCUUAUUCAUCUACUUCUGAUUUCCGAAAGAAUCUCAAAGCAUCAACUAGGGUUGUUUCUUCUUCAACUUCAAGUUCAAGACUUCAACAGAAGAUAGGAAAGACCCGGCUUGGGCUUACUCUGAAAGAGUUUGCGAGACCAACAAGAUGGCAAUUAGAUGUCUUUUUUAUGACAAGAUUUCAAAUGGGGGAAUCUAUCGUCAAAAAGCGCAUCUAAUCGGUGGGGAUCCAAAUGUCGCAUCUUGUCCUAAAGUUUCGUCGCAUGUGAAGGAAGAUUUGAAAGCAUUCCUUAAAAAAAAAAAGAGAGUUAAAGACUCAAAUGAUUCAUGAACAAGAACUGUAUAAUCUUGAUGACGAUGAUGAAACUGAAGAAGGUGACGAUGCUUCGUCGCUUCCACCAAAAUCACAAAAGCGGGGAAGGAUGUAACCAAUGUCUUCUAGUUGUGGAUCUACUGGCAAGACCAAAGGUCCUAUGGAUUGUUACUUCCCGUAAAAAUCUGGAGAUAAGGAAGCACAAAGUGGUAAUCCUCAAAUUGAUGCCAAAGCGAUUUUGAGGGAUCGUGCAGUUACAAUGUUUGCGCGAUGGAUGUAUGAUGCAGGUCUUCCUUUUAAUUGUGUUAAUUAUACUGACACUUUUUCUACUUUUAUUGAGGCCGUAGGCCAAUAUGGUCCUAGAAUGAAGCCUCCAACUUAUCAUAAAGUUAGAGUGUCAUAUCUAAAAAAAGAGGUGGCAGAGGUGAGCAAAAUCGUGGAGGAGAACAAAGUAGAAUGGAACAAGUUUGGUUGUUCCAUUAUGAUGGAUAAAUGGACGGCGAGAAAUGGAAAAAUGAUCAUCAAUAUCUUGGUGAAUUCUCCUAAGGGAAGCCUGUUUCUUGAGUCCGUUGAUGCAAGCGACUCUUCGACUGAUUCAACCAAAAUGUACUCCUUGUUCAAGAGUACAAUUGACUCGAGCAGAAAAUGUUGUUCAAGUUGUCACGGACAACGCCGGUGAAAAUGUUAAAGCUGGUGAUUUGAUGUCUGCUGGGUAACCGCAUAUUUAUUGGACUCCGUGUGCAGCACAUUCCAUUAAUUUGAUCUUCGGUGACAUUUUCAAGGAAAGACCCUUCAAUUCAGUCUUUAAUCAGGCAAUUAGAGCGCAUUCCUAUAUUGUUCAAAGGCCUUUGUUAUUGAAUAUGAUGAAGAGAUUCACUAAACAAAGAAGCUUGGUGAAACCUGCAAAGACAAGAUUUGCUACUGCUUUGUUGACUUUGCAUAGGAUGUAUGAGUAAAAAAGCAAUUUGAAAAAGUUGUUUGUUUCAGAUGAGUACACUAACAGUGCCUAUGGAAGGGAAGCUCGAGGGAGAGAAUCUGCAGAUGUUAUACUUUCUCCUUCAUUCUGGAACAAUGUGGUUCAUGCAUUGAAGAUUGGUGGUCCUUUAGUUAAAGUGCUUCGUUUGGUGGAUGGGGAGCAAAGGCCACCAAUGGGCUACCUGUACGAAGCAAUGGAUAGGGCAAAGGAGGCUAUUCAAGUCUCGUUUAGUGAUCAAAGAAAAUACAAAAGAGUCUUUGAGAUCAUAGAUAAAAGGUGGGAUAGUAAGCUUCAUAGCCCUUUGCAUGCAGCUGGACUUGUUUUGAACCCGGAACUGUUUUAUGACAAUGAAGAAAGGAUUCUAGGAGAUGAACCUUUGUGGAAUGGAUACUAUGAAUGUAUUGAGAAGUUGAUACCUGAAGAAUCCGUGCAAGAUAAAAUAACAGAGCAAUUUAGUAUUUAUAGGAAUGCUGAGCAACCUUUUGGAAAAAAUAUGGCGAUUAGACAAAGAAAGACAGAAGUCACCAGUUGAAUGGUGGAAGCAAUAUGGCCAUUCCACUCCAGAUUUACAAAAGUUUUCCAUCAAGGUUCUAAGUCUAACAUGUAGCUCAUCCGGGUGUGAAAGGAAUUGGAGCGUGUUUGAACAUAUUCAUACCAAAAAGAGGAACAAACUAACCUUGAAGCGUCUCAAUGAUCUAGUAUUCAUUAAGUACAAUAGAACAUUGAGGCGUCGUUACAUCGCUCGCAAUGUAAUUGAUCAAAUUAGUUUGGACAACAUCGAUGAUGCUAAUGAAUGGCUAACUGGAGUCCCGGAAGAUCAUGCAGAUGAAGAGGUAUUUGAGGAAACUUCUGAUUUCACUUGGGGUGAUGCUGCGGAGGCGCGUGGAAUUGGGGAGAGGAUUUAUGGUUUGAGGGGGAGUACCUCAACUUCACAGAGGAAGGGAAAAAAGGCAGCUACUUUGUCCCUAGUUGAUGAAGAAGAAGAAGUUGAAGAAGAUGACGAGCAAUAUAAUAAUGAUUGUGGAAUACAAGAAUUUGACAAUCUUGUAGAAGAAUAGGAUGCUCAUUUUGUUCUUUAAUUGAUGCUAUUAUUUAGUUUUUACAUUGAAGUAUUGAACAUUUGCUUACAA